CUAUUUUCAUGCAUCAUGUGCUCGCUUAAUUUUUACGUCAUCAUGAUUGGCGACAAACUAUCGCAUAUAUUUUUUCCUUUCAUCUCUAUUUUUGCAAUCUUAACUGAUCAAUUUUCGCACACACAUGCAUUAAUUGACUUAAAAAUAUAUAAAAAUAGGCACGAGUUUAUUUACGCGUGCAUUGAAUUUUUUUAAUCCUAAUGAGUUUAAUGAGAUUUUAAUUAUUUUUGUUUUAAUUUUUAAAACAAAAACUGGAUAAUAUUAAAUCAAAUUCUUUAGGAUUAAUAUUUUUAUAUUUGUUUUAUCAACUUCAUUACAUAAAUUUUUGUUACUUUUUGUUUAUAUUUACUUAACAUUACUUUAUCUAAAUAGAAAAAAAUAUUUUUAAAUUUAUAAAAAGUCAGGUUAAAAAUGUCUUCAAAGUUACGUCAAGCUUCUGUUUUGAGUAUGCGUAAACUGAAUGAGUUGCUGGGUGAUUGCAAUCUCAGUCUUUCAUCGCUUCGAGUUCAUGUCCAGCAAAUUGGUACUUCAAGUGAUGGUUUAGCAUUGAGAAAGGAGACUGAAGAAGUUGCAAGGGCCUGUUUUCAAGCAUGUGAAUCUACUAGAGGUACUGUUCUGCCGCAAUUAAAAAAGGAAGGUUAUCAAUGUGUUACUUGUUUUAUUGGCUGUGUGAGUGGUCUAUUAUUGGAAUUGAAACGAUGCCAUGCUAUGGAAUCGACAUUUCCUAUAGAGGACGCGCCAUUAAUUGCGGAGACAUUGAUCAGACCAGUAGAAGAAAUGCUUGAAAAUUUGGAGAAUUUAAUUACUGUUCAUUACUCGACAAGUGAGACUUCACCUGAUUCGAAAGUGACUUCACAACGCCGUAAGACUGGCAAAUGUCGACCACAGUGUAUUUGUACUGAUUUUGUUAAGACUAGCUAUGCUUGAUUUUGGUUAACAAAUAUUGAGAACAGAGCUUUUUAAAUUAUUUUUUUGUUUUAAAUUUAUAGACAUUUUUAAAAAUAAUUUUUGGAAAAUCUCAAAAAUUAUAUAUUUUUGUGCAAAAUUUAAGAAAAAUAUUCUUUUUUAAAUUUAUACUAAUUUUAUUUCGAUUUAUUUUAUAUUUGUGAUUUUUUAUUCAUUAAAAGAAUAAAAGAAAAUUAAAUUUUUAUUUUAUUAAUAUUUUUAAAAUUUCAAUGAUUUCAUUCAGUAAUGUUCAUUUCAAAAUUGUUUUAUUUUUAAUUAUUUUUAUUUAAAUUUUAAUAGAACAAAGUGAUCUUGUUUUGGCAUAAUUUGGUCAAUUUUGUUCAAACUGCACUACAUUCAAUUAGGUUAGUUGGUUUUCCAUUCACAAAGCAAGGCUGGUCAGGUUGGUACUUUUGGAUGCAUCCUUUAUAUCUGGGGGAAUAGGUACCCUUCUAAUAAGUAACUUCAAAGGAUUUCUAGCGUUUUUUAAAUUUUCAAUAUAAAUAAUGAAGGUGAAAUCCUGUGGUUAGAAAUAGAUACAUAUAUUGUGUAUGUAUUGUCAGUCAAAAGCAUUUUUUAUUCAAACUACCGCUAUUUUAUCUAACUUUCUCUCGUACUUAUUCUCUACAUAAAGUCGCCUUCCUAUAGAUAUCCCUCAAAUAUUUUAGUCUGCUCUAUAUUCAGCAUGCUAGACACAGCUGAACCUUUCAUAGCCUCAUAUACCCCAAUAGUCACUGGAUAUUGCCUUCAAUUUAGCGAUAGCUCUGGCAUUCUUUCCCU